AUGUAUGUAAAUUUCAAAUUAGGAUCAUCUAUUGUCCUAAAUUUAGGUAACAAUAUCCUUCGUCAACUGAGUACAAAAGCAAACCCACUAUUCCCCUGGAACUCAAGGAUCACUAGCUAUUUCAAGAAAGGUGAUGUGAAGAAUGCCCGCAGACUGUUCGAUGAAAUGCCUCAAAAGAAUGUAGUGACUUGGAACUGCAUGAUUUCAGGGUAUGCCAAAAAUGGGAUGGUUUGCGAGGCUCGUAAAGUCUUUGAUUUGAUGCCAAGUAAGAAUAUAGUAUCAUGGACCGCAAUGUUAAGCGGGUACGCAAAGAAUGGAAGAUUAGAAGAGGCGCGGAGAUUGUUUGAUGCGAUUGAAGAUAAGAAUGUGGUUUGCUGGAAUUCCUUGGUUUCUGGGUAUGUAAGUAAUGGGAGAUUGGAGGAGGGUAGGGCAUUGUUUGAUGUGAUGCCAGUGAAAAAUGAUGUCUCAUUCGCGAUAAUGAUUGAAGGGUAUUUUCAUUAUGGAAUUACGAGGGAAGCCAAGAAAUUGUUUGAUGAAUCUCUGAAUAAAAGCGUGUUUCUUUGUAAUGCCAUGUUGGCAGGUUAUAGUGAAAUGGGGUGUGUUGAGGAGUCGUAUGGUUUGUUUGUGAGAAUGUGCAAACGUGAUUCGGCUUCUUGGACUAGUAUGAUAAAAUGUUUCUUCAGAGUGGGGGACAUAGAGAGAGCUAGGAAAUUGUUUGAGGAGAUGCCCGAGAAGGAUGUGGUGUCUUGGACUGCAAUGAUUCGGGGUUAUUUGAAUUAUAAUAAGAUUGAGUUGGCACAAGAAUUGUUCAAUAGAAUUCCAGAUAGGGAUGUUAUUGCAUGGAACUCAAUGCUUGUUGGCUUUGUUGAGAAUGGAAAAUUCCAUGAGGCUCUUGAUCUAUUUACUAGGAUGCCCGUGCGGGACAUAGUUUCGUGGAAUUCAAUACUAUUUGGAUAUGUGCAACAAGAAGAUAUGACUAGUGUUUACAAUUUUUUUGAAGAGAUGCCUAGGAAGGAUGAAACAUCAUGGAACACUCUGAUUUGUGGAUACCUUGGCGAGGAAGCAUUGGUUUUGUACAUCCAGAUGUUGCAAAACGGAUUUAAGCCGAAUCAGGUUACAUUAUCUACUGUGAUAUCUGUUUGUGGUGUUCAUUCGAUACAAAUGUUCGGAAGAGGGAUGCACAACUUUGUGGUCAAGAGUGGUUAUGAAAUUGACAGAAUGAUAACAUGCUCAUUGAUUUCCAUGUAUUCUAGAUGUGGCUUCAUAAGUGAGGCUUAUUCAGUAUUUGAAAAGAUGAUGAAUCGCGAUACUGUAGCAUGGAAUGCCAUGAUUGUGGCGCAAGCAUAUCAUAAUUCUGCUAAAGAAGCCCUUACUCUUUUUUCUCGCAUGAUUCAAUCUGGAUCACAACCCGACCAUGUUACUUUUCUUGUACUCUUGACUGCCUGUGCUCACUCCGGACUGGCAAAUGGUGAAAAUCGUAUAGACAAAUCUCUAAACCAUAGUUCACUUGUAACAAAAGCUUUCGUGGUUGCAUGCCCAUAUGCAAUCAAACAGUUCUCUAUGUUUUGA